CGAAAAUUCCCAACGGCAACACUGAUCUGAAAGAACGUAGAGGAUACAUAAAUAAAUAAAUAAUUUGUUUUCCAGUUCAGUGUGACGGGGACCGGUUAGGCUAUGGCAAAGUACUUGGCUCAAAUAAUAGUUCAGGGAUUGCAAGUUGCCGGAAGAGCUUUUGGUAGAGCACUGAAACAGGAAUAUGAAGCCAGUCAGCAGGCUGCACGUGCCAGGGCCAGCUCUAGUCAGAAGAGUUCAGAUUCAACCAGUCCGUUUGGCGCCUCUAUAUCGCUCGAUGAGGCCAUGAAGAUUCUGAAUGUUGACAAGCUGGACCCCGAGAAGGUCCAGAAAAACUACGACCACCUCUUUAAGAUUAAUGACAAAGCGAAAGGUGGUUCCUUCUAUCUUCAAUCCAAGGUGGUGCGCGCCAAGGAGCGCAUUGACGCCGAGCUGGUCGCCCAGGCGCAGAGCCAGACGAAAGACACUGGCCGAGGCGCCGACACCGGGCAGGGGUAGCCGCCGGCGCUACUUAGGUCGACUUUGUGCUCGUAUCUCGUUUGGUAUUGUGUGUGACGAUGAUUGGUGUAUCCUGCCGCCGCGUUGUGCUCAUUUGUUAGCAGCGGUGUUCGACGGGACGUGUUGUCUAUGUGCAAGCGAUUUGUUGAGAUUGUAUGACAAUACAAUGGGGUAACGAUGAGGUAAUGAUUCAAGAGCGUAACAUGCAUGCGAGAGACAAACUGCCGGUCAGUCGAUGCCAAUAAAAUGCAAGUGAAUUAUC